UUCAGAAGAUGAAUAAUCUUUCAUUUAGCGAGCUAUGUUGCCUCUUCUGUUGUCCACCUUGCCCAGGAAAAAUUGCUUCAAAGUUAGCAUUUUUGCCACCUGACCCAACAUACACGCUAAUGUGUGAUGAAAGUGGAAGCCGCUGGACUUUACACCUGUCAGAAAGAGCGGACUGGCAGUACUCUUCCAGAGAGAAAGAUGCUAUUGAGUGUUUCAUGACGAGAACCAGUAAAGGCAAUAGAAUCGCUUGUAUGUUUGUGCGUUGUUCACCCAGUGCUAAAUAUACCUUACUCUUCUCACAUGGAAAUGCUGUUGAUCUUGGUCAGAUGAGCAGCUUUUACAUAGGUCUGGGGUCCCGGAUUAACUGUAAUAUAUUCUCAUAUGAUUACUCUGGAUAUGGUGCUAGUUCUGGAAAACCAACAGAGAAGAACCUAUAUGCAGAUGUUGAAGCUGCCUGGCUGGCUCUUCGAACAAGAUAUGGCAUCCGCCCUGAAAAUGUGAUUAUUUAUGGCCAGAGCAUAGGAACAGUACCUUCUGUGGAUCUUGCUGCUCGGUAUGAGAGUGCUGCUGUUAUUCUUCAUUCUCCUUUGACCUCAGGAAUGCGAGUUGCUUUCCCUGAUACCAAGAAGACCUACUGUUUUGAUGCAUUCCCAAAUAUUGACAAAAUCUCUAAGAUAACCUCUCCAGUAUUAAUAAUUCAUGGGACUGAAGAUGAAGUCAUUGACUUUUCGCAUGGCCUCGCAUUAUUUGAGCGUUGCCAAAGACCUGUGGAGCCUCUGUGGGUUGAAGGGGCAGGACACAAUGACGUGGAGCUUUACGGACAAUACCUUGAGAGGUUAAAACAGUUUGUGUCACAGGAACUGGUAAAUUUGUAAACUACUCUGUAAAUUUGCAUACUGGGUUUUCUUUUCUUGCUGAACUGCACUCCUCGGUAAAUAACUUAAAACCAGAAGGUUUUGUUUACAAAUCAUGUAUGUUGCCUUCAUAACUGUACAGGUAAUGAUUUGUUAACAGACUUAAUGAAGGUUUUAAUUACCAGAACUAGAAACUGGAAAUAGCAGUAUCAUGCAGUCAGGCUGUGUAAUUUAUAUUUUUUUCUGUGAAUUUUUUUUAAACAUCAAGAUGAGUACUGUAUGAAAUUUUAAUUCUUUAAAAUCAAAUGCUGUAAAAGUAUUGCCAAAUGCUUUUGCAUAUCAAAAGCAAAUUUAUAAAUAUUUUUAAACAUCUCAAUGUACUAAAUAUCCUGGUAUACAAAUGUAAUAUUCUUUCAAAAAGCUGUAUAUCUAAAGUAAUUCAAGUACUCAGAAUAAACUGUAAAAAUUAAAACUGUAUGAAAACACCCAAGUUAACUAGAGUUGACCUGACCUAUACUCUGUUGUACAGGGAUAGAGGCUUAAAUGGAUAUUUUAUUGUAAAAAUACAUUGACUUUUCUGUAGUCUCCUAUUAUAGUACAUGAUCCUUUAAAAAAAAAUGAAGUCUUAAUUUUUAUGCCAUCUGUUAACUUACCAGCUGUUCAUCGUGUAAAUGAGAAGUCCUGAUGGCGCUGAAUUUUAAAUAGUUUUGAUUUAUGUUUGGUACUGUGAGACGACUACUUAAGAUUUUCGUUCAGUUAUUUAAAAGACAUUUAGGGCUUCAAGAAUGAUUUUGUAUGCAAUGUUGUUUUAAAUUUUGACUAAUUAGAAUUGUAGUAGUCUUCCUUAUAUGAAUACUUGAAACUCCAUUAGUUGUUCUUCAAGACUACAGACAGACUGGCUGUUUGGUCCCUUUCCACCUUGGCUGUUUUUAAGAGUAGGGCCUGUUCUUUUGGGUUACUAUUUGAGAAUGUCAUGGGUUCACUCCUGAAUACAGGGGAUAAGAAAACAUGUCUUACAUUUUAUAUUAACAAGUAUAGUAAAAAUAAGUAAAUAAAGCUCACACACAAAAACUAAGUUGCCUUUUCUUGAAUGAAUCUUGCCUGAAUAAAUGAAAGUAAAAUAAAAAAAUUAAACUAAUGGUAUGUAGUCUAAUUUGUAAUGAAUGAGAAUUGAAAUAAUACACACUGUGGAUAUGUUUUUAAGGCCUUAUGUAGUUUUAAUUGUUCUGCUUGUUCUGUGGUUAUGUCUAAGAUUAUAGUAUAUGAUUCUUCAAAGUAUAUCAAGUAUUGUGAAUGCUUUGGUUCCGAUAUGUCAAAUUAACAGUAAAACAGCAAAUGUA